GGGGUUAUUUCCCUUACUCUCAAUGAUGGCAUUUUCUACAAGUCAUAUGUACAAGUCAUACCCCUAGGAAGAAGGUUGUUUGCAUGGCAAUGGCGUCUAGAUAUGUAUCACUGGCAUAUUCUACACAUUGGCGGCGGAAUCGGUGCGUGCAUGCAUCAUGGCAGGAGUUUUGUUAUUCUGUUGGAUCCUCAUUGCAUGGCGAUUACUUUUCAGGCAUCAGAACUCAGGUUGUUGGCACUAGGUGCGGUUGGUUGGUUGAGGUGGGAGCAUUUCCGUCCAUCGAUCCCUCUCAUUCUCAAGAAGCCUCGGUUGAUGCCGAGCGUCCAUGUCCCGGUAGCUUUGAAGCCGUGGACUCCGAGCUAUUCCCUUUGUAAGCCUUCCAUUGUUUGGAUAGAUACCCAACUUUGUUCUAUACAUGUACAUUGUUCCAAGAUUGCAUGCUAGGUUAGAAUGCUGCAUUACUAUCAACAAAUGCAUCAGAGGCAUGCCACAGCCCGUAGGAGGCGGGGCGUCUGCCUUUAUCUACCUACAUCUCCUAUCCAUACACAAUCCUGGACAU